UUUAGGAGCAACAUACCCGGACAGCCUGGAAAGAGACAAGAUGUCGGACAGCGAGGACGCGGAUGACCUGUCCGGCUCGGAGGCGUCCGGGCCGACGUUCGCCAACCGCGGCGCGGCCGACGACGAGGCCGAGGAGGCGCGGCCCGGAGAGGAGGAGCCGUCUGGCGACUCGGAGCCGGAGGGCGAGGACCUGGACAAGAGUGAUUAUGACAGCGAGGAGGACGAGGACGAGGACGAGGAGCGGCGCGGCAGCAAGAAGCGCAAGAAGAAGAAGGACCGCUUCGGCGGCUUCAUUCUGGAGGAGGCGGAGGAGGACGGCGACGCCGACGAGGACGAGGAGUGGGACGCCGAGGCCGACAACUACGACAUCAUGGCGAACGAGGAGGGCGAGGUGGGGCCCACCGCGCAGGAGAUCGAGCAGCGGCGGCGGCGGAACCAGAUGAUGUGGGACACGCAGAACGAGGACGAGAUCGAGGAGUACUACCGGCGCAAGUACGCCGAGGAGGGCGCGGGCGCGCGCCACUUCGGCGACGGCGGCGAGGAGAUGUCGGACGAGAUCACCCAGCAGACGCUGCUGCCCGGCGUCAAGGACCCGAACCUGUGGAUGGUCAAGUGCCGGAUCGGCGAGGAGCGCGCCACCGUCAUGAAGCUAAUGGCCAAAUUCAUCACGCUGUCCAACAAGGAUGAGCCGCUGCAGAUCAAGUCGGUGGUGGCGCCCGAGGGCGUCAAGGGCUACAUCUAUAUUGAGGCCUACAAGCAGACACACGUCAAGCAGGCCAUCGAAGGCAUUGGCAACCUGCGUAUGGGACAGUACACUCAGCAGAUGGUGCCCAUCAAGGAGAUGACGGACGUGAUGCGGGUCAUCAAGGAGCAGAUGGUGCUGAAGCGCGGCUGCUGGGUUCGCCUGAAGCGUGGCGUCUUCAAGGACGACAUCGCCCAGGUGGACUAUGUGGACCCCGGCCAGAGCUCUGUCCACCUCAAGCUCAUCCCGCGCAUUGAUUACUCGCGCAUGCGCGGCGCGCUGCGGGACAAGGAGAACGAGGUGAAGCGGAAACGGCGCCAGCGGCCGCCGCAGAAGCUGUUCGACAUGGAGGCCGUGCGAUCUAUCGGCGGCGAGAUCAGCCAGGACGGCGACUUCAUCAUCUUCGAGGGAAACCGCUACUCGCGCAAGGGGUUCCUCUAUAAGAACUUCGUCAUGAGCGCCAUUCAGGCUGAGGGCGUCAAGCCGACGCUCUCCGAGCUGGAAAAGUUCGAGGAGCAGCCGGAGAGCCUUGACAUGGAGCUGGCGCACUCGGCCAAGACGGAGGAGGGCCACUCGUUCACGCCCGGUGACAACGUGGAGGUGGUAGAGGGCGAGCUCAUCAACCUGCAGGGCACCAUCGUCAAGAUAGAUGGCACUAAGGUCACCAUCAUGCCCAAACACGAGGAUCUCAAGGACCCGCUGGAGUUUCCGGCUCACGAACUGAAGAAGUAUUUCUGCAUGGGCGACCACGUGAAAGUGAUCUCGGGCCGCUACGAGGGCGACACGGGCCUGAUUGUAAGCGUCGAGGACAACAAGGCCGUGCUCUUCUCCGACCUCACCAUGCACGAGCUGAAGGUGCUACCGCAGGACCUGCAGCUCUGCUCCGACAUGGCCACGGGCGUGGACAGCAUGGGCCAGUUCCAGUACGGCGACAUGGUGCAACUCGAUCCCCAGACGGUGGGUGUGAUCGUGCGCCUGGAGCGCGAGAACCUGCAUGUGCUCAACAUGCACGGCAAGAUCAUCAAGGUGAAGCCACAGGCGGUGCACAAGAAGAAGGACUCGCGCUACGCGGUGGCGCUCGACACGGAGCAGAACACCAUCCAGCGGCGCGACAUCGUCAAGGUCAUCGACGGCCCGCACUCG